ACAGAGCGAGUCUUAUUUAUCUAGUUCACAUCUAAUUUCCAGCUGUUGCUGAACAAUACGUUAAAACUAAAAGACUUCUGCUAGCUAGCCAUUGACUUACUAUCUAUAUAAUUCCUCUUGGCUCCUGUAAUCCACCAUUGCAUUCUUAACCCUGCUCUUUCAUUCUCACUUCUACCUUAUCAAAAACAACAUAGCCAAAAUUAUUCCAUAUGGCAGAAUCACUCCUCUUCAGUGUUGCCGAGACAUUCAUAGGCAAACUUACUUCUCGAGUUCUUGAUGAAGCUUCCUUGGCACUAGGUGUGUAUGACGAUUUACGACGGAUCAAAGACACUUCAUCUCUAAUCAAAGCUGUGUUAUUGGAUGCUGAACAAAAGCAGUGGCAGAACAAUGAGUUGCGUGAAUGGUUGAGACAGAUUAAGCAUGUCUUCUCUGAUGCCGAAGAUGUCAUCGAUGAUUUCGAGUGCGAGGCAUUGCGGAUGCAAGUUGUCAACACCUCUGGUAGCAUUAGAAGGAAGGUACGUCAUUACUUCUCAAGUUCUAAUCCACUAGCAUAUCGCCUCAAGAUGGCACAUCAAAUCAAAGAUAUCAAUGCGAGAUUAACUAAGGUUGCAGCUGAUAGGCAUAAUUUUGGCCUUCAAAACAAUUAUAGUGAUACUCGUAUUGUUCAAAAGCGCGAAUUAACUCAUUCUCAUAUAAUUGAGUCAGAUGUCAUAGGAAGAGAGCAUGAUAAACAAAUAAUCAUAGACCUCUUGUUGCAAGAUGGUGAUGAUAAAAGUCUAUCUGUUAUUCCCAUCGUGGGAAUGGGGGGUAUGGGAAAGACUACACUUGCAAAAUUGGUGUUCAAUGAUGAACGUUUAGGCGAGGCUUUUCAAAAAAAGAUGUGGGCAUGUGUCUCUCACGAUUUUGAACUUAAGCAUUUACUUGUUAAAAUCCUCAAUUCUGCUUGUGAUUCUUCUCCUAAUACAUUUCAACGAGAAAACAUUCAAAACUUUGAUAUAGAGCAAUUACAAAAUCAGUUAAGAAAUACACUUGCCGAUCAAAAGUUCUUGCUCGUCCUAGACGACGUAUGGAACGAGAAUCGGGUCAAAUGGGAAAAAUUGAAGGAUUUAAUUCAAGUAUGUGCUAAAGGAAGUAAAGUACUAGUGACUACACGUAGCCAUAAAACAGCUGAUGUGAUGAGCACUAACACAUCUCACAUUUUAGAAGGUCUUUCUCAAAGUGAUUCAUUGUCUGUAUUUGUUAAAUGGGCUUUCAAAGAAGGAGAAGAUAAAAAACAUCCAGAAUUGAUGGAGGUGGGAGAAAAUAUUGUGAGAAAAUGUGGAGGCCUUCCUUUGGCUAUAAGAACAUUGGGGAGUUCCCUAUACUUAAAAUUUGAUAUAGGAGAGUGGAAUUUUGUCAAAGAUAGUGAGAUUUGGAAUUUACCACAACAAGAUGAUGGUAUUUUGCCGGCUAUCAAAUUGAGUUAUGAUCAAUUACCUUCUUACUUAAAACGAUGUUUUGCAUGUUUCUCCCUAUUUGAAAGGAGAACUGUUCAGAAUGUUGUUGACGUUACUGCAUUUUGGAACGCACUGGGUUUUCUUCCAACACCAAAACAAGGUGAAAAUAAGGGAGAUAUUGGAAAGCAACUCUUGCAUGAGCUAUGGUCAAGGUCUUUUGUUCAAAAUUGUAUAGAUGCAGGUGGUUUUUUCAGUUUUGAAUUGCACGAUUUGGUGCAUGAUCUUGCAUUAUAUGUUGCAAGAGAUGAUUUUCAACUGUUAAACUUUAAAUGUAAAAAUAUAAGAGAGAAUGUCCGCCAUUUGUCAAUUCUUGAAAAUGAUUUGGUCGGCCAAAUUUCAAUUCCCACCGGGUUGAGAACCAUUCUUUUUCCUGUAGGAGCAAAUAAUAAACCUUUCUUGAAUACUUGUCUAUCAAGGUGCAAAUACUUGCGGCUUUUGCAAUUAAAUAAAGCGAGAUACAAAAAUUUGCCCCGCUCCAUUGGCAAGUUGAAACAUUUAAGAUGUCUCAGUCUUAAAGGUAAUAUGGAAUUGGAGAGGCUUCCUGGUUCUGUUAGCAAACUCCAAAAUUUGCAAACUUUAAAUCUCAUUGGAUGUGAAAAGCUACAAAAAUUGCCCAAUGGAAUAGGAAAUUUGAUCAAACUUCAAGAACUAUAUAUAACCACAAUGCAAUCUAACUUCCCAGAAGAGUUAGCCAAAUUGUCUUCUCUAGAAAUUCUAGCAUUCAGUAAUUGUGAUAAUUUGAUGUUUUCUUUUGAAGGAAUACAAUUUCCUAAACUUAAAUUGUUAAGUUUUUCAUAUUGUGGGAAUCUGAAGUCAUUGCCAUUUCAUAUCAUUCCAAAUAUAGAGAGUUUGAUCAUUAUGGACUGUAAUAUGGUGAUAUUGUCAAUGGGUGAUAACAACAACCAAAUACCCAAUUUGAAGUUAAAGUUUGUUAGUCUUGAGUCUUUGCCUCAAAUAGUUACUUUUCCACAAUGGCUUCAAGGAUGUGCAAACACCCUACAUUCCUUAGGUAUUGAAAACUGUGAAAAUCUUGAGGAGCUUCCUAACUGGUUGUCAACUUUUAUUUCUCUCAAGAAUCUUUUAAUUGAAAACUGUCCAAAAUUGAUUUCACUCCCUGAAGAUGUGCAUCACCUUCCAAACCUUGAAAGUUUAGCAAUGAGUGGUUGUCCUGAGUUAUAUAGAAGAUACGAGCCAGAAGUUGGACAAGAUUGGUGCAAGAUAUCACAUAUCAAAGAAGUUAGCGUUGAAUUACAAGAAACUGAAGAUUAAAAGGAGUUCCUAGAUAUGUACAAUCAAAAUUUGAAUGUAUUAAGUUUCUCUUGUUUGAUUUUCUUAUUUGUAUUUUUUUUUUUUUGGUACAAUUCUUAUUUGUAUUUUAUUAUUAUUUGAAUAAAAAUGUCUGUCUAUCAUGUAUUCUGUUUUUC